AUGAUUUUACACUGGUGUGUAGCGCUAAUUUUCCUAUAUACCCAUGUAAAUUUAACUGCUUCAGUACAACUUAUUGAUGACAUAUAUAAUGAACUUGUUGCUACCGUGAGUAUUGAUAAAAGUGAGCUAUAUCAACUUAUAUCGCAAACCAUCGUCCAAGCAUCCGAUUUGGAAGGCCUUCCUAAUACCAUAAUAUAUGAAAAUCAUGUUUAUGAUCUCAGUAGCCCAUGUCCGAUUAACUGGGCAUUGGCAUUUGAUGGUAAAACUUGCAUCAAAGGGUAUUUUGCCCGUGGGAAUCACAACUGUGGUAGAAGUAUAGACAUAAAAGAUAGUACGCCUGCUGAAAGAAUUGCCAUAGCCUCGAUUUGUGGUGUUGAAUAUCCCGUUUCAGGCACUCUCUCUAGAGAUUAUUCACAAACUUGUCCAGAAAAUUGGAAGCUCACUGAAAAAUUUUGUAUUGCACCUACUCAAUACAAUGGAAAAUGUGUUAAGCUAAAGGAUUUCCACAAUUUAACGCAGGAACAGCGCCUAAAAUGGUCAAUUGAGUGUGAUGCAUAUUGGCCAUACUUGCCUAUUAAUUACAGUAAUAAUUGCCCAAAUGAAUGGAUAGAACACGAAAAAUUUUGCCUAGCUCCACCUAACUAUACUGGAAGUUGUGAUAAUAAAAUAGAAAAAAGUUCAUUAACAUCUAUAAUUGAUAAAAAAAAAUUUGCUUCUAGGUGCCAAGCGUAUUGGCCAUUAGAAACGUCGGAGGAUGAAUCUGAUGCCAUAUAUGAUGAUAGUUUGUGUCCUAUAGGUUGGAAUAUUGAUACUAAUUCAUCAACAAAUUGCAUAGCGCCCAUUGGAUAUGAUGGUCCCUGUGGUAGCGUUCUACCAACUGUCAAAGCAAAUGAUGAAAAAAUACAAUUAUCCAGGCGUUGUGGCGUUAGGUGGUACAAAUUAGACAACAUGCAAUUGCUGGCCAGUUCAGAUUUAUCAGAUUGUCCCUUCGGUUGGACUUUGGUGGAUAAUCUGUGUAUAGCCCCUCCAUCAUAUCAGGGCCCAUGUCCAGUUUCCAUUGACAUGUCAAAUUUUACCAGUGAUAUGAAGCGCAUUUGGGCACAAAUUUGUGCAGCAUAUUUUGUAACACGCGACAUAACACUAAGAAAAUCUUUGUCCAAAAACUAUAAUUACCAAACCAUUAAUAGAGAAUUGAAUGACUUAUUACAUUCAACAGAUGAUCCAUUGGAGAAGGCAACUAUUCAAGAUGAAUUGGAAAGGAUUAAGAAAGAAACAGAGAGAAGGACAAAACUUAUUGGCGGUUCUAGAUUCAUACAACUUACAGAUGAAUUGCCAUGUGAUUUAAAUUUACUGGAAUGUCCAUAUGGCUGGAUUAAGUUGGACAAUAAGCGAUGCCUAGCUCCCUCUACAUAUAGAUUAACAGGUGGUAAUUGCCCGGAUGUGAUAGUCCCCCAAGUUGAAGCGAGGAAACGACUACAUCUAAAUCAAUCAAAUCUUAGUACAGGGUGCAAUAUACAGUUCCCUUGCAAGACUUGUAUCAAAGACUACGUGACUUCGUUAUGCCCAAUUAAUUGGUCUUACAACGCUGUCUCAGCUUCUUGUGUAGCGCCUAAAAGUUAUCCACCACGACUCAGGCGGAUUUGUGGCGAUAGUGUGCAAUUCAAGUUUGCAACGCCCAUAAUUAGACGGCAAUGGGAGAUGGCAUGUGAAGCAGAAUUUCCCUGUGCCUCCAGUUGUAGCCCAGACUACUCCCUUCCUUGUCCGAAAGGAUUUAAUUUAAAACGUGUACUACGUCGUAAACUAACCAAUAUUGCGAUGUGCAAAAUUGCCAAUCCAAAAUCUCUUGUCAAUAGUAAUGUUGUUAGGGAUUGUUUGGGGCCAAAUGGGACAAUUAACAUACUACUCAAUAAGGAAUCGAAAGUGAUGGCCCAUAAAACAUGCAAUGUCAAUUGGCCUUGCGCAUCCAGGUGCAAUGAGAAUUUUUGGCAAGCCUGCCCAUAUAACUGGGUACUAAUUGAUAAUUACUGUAUUUCACCCAGGGAUUAUACAGCGCCAGAGGGAUGUCCCCUUAGGAUUAUCGUUGAUAAACUCAGAACUCCAUUGGACAAAUUCAAAUUCUCAUUGGAUUGUCAUGCAAAAUGGCCCUGUAUUGAUUACUGUCAGCAGGAUUUCUCACAAGAUUGUCCUCCAAACUGGUUGGACUAUGAUGGGCUAUGUGUUAGACCUGAUACAACUUUAGAUAUGGAAAAGGCCAGAAAUAGAAUUGGUGAAUCUAGUGAAAAUGAAUCUGAUGAAGAUAGUGAGCAUAUAUGCAAUGCAAUUAGUAAAGAGAGUACCCUUAUGGAACGGCAGGAGUUUUCCUUCAAAUGUAAAGUUGCUUGGCCCUGUGGUGGAAGCGAUACCAUUCAACCCAACCCAAACUGGCAGAUCAAGCUUGCUGCAGCUGAUAAGAAUUGGGAGAAUCGCAAUUUAAUUAGAUAUUACUCACAAACCAAUUGA